GAUUCUCUGUCAAACACCACCAUCACUUUAAUGACAACUGAUAACAACCUAGCACCAAACCAUCUUUCCUCGGCAGUUUAAAACCCUCUUCUGUUGUCAUUCAUUGCUCAAGCUUGAAGCAGAAAGAAAGCAAGCACGAGCACAGAAAGAUGGUGAACCUAGUGGCAGCACAGAAGCCAUUAUUGCAUGGCCUGAUGAAAAUGGCAGGAGUGCAACCCCACAUAGUAGAGAUUGAGCCAGGGACAGUCAUGAACUUUUGGGUGCCAAAUGAGACCGUCAAGAAACCUCAAAAGGGUGAAAAGAAGAACGACACCCCAACCUUAACCAAACCAAACAAACCAGUAGUGGUUCUAGUCCAUGGCUUUGCUGCUGAAGGUAUUGUCACUUGGCAAUUCCAAGUUGGCGCCUUAACCAAGAAGUAUUCAGUUUAUAUCCCUGACCUUCUAUUCUUCGGUGGCUCAAUCACUGAUAAAACAGACCGGUCGCCAACGUUUCAAGCAGAAACAUUGGUGAAGGGUCUGAGGAAGAUAGGAGUAGAGAAGUGUAUAUUAGUGGGGUUUAGCUACGGUGGCAUGGUGGCGUUUAAGAUGGCUGAGUUGUAUCCUGACCUGGUUCAGGCCAUGGUCAUAUCCGGCUCAAUCCUGGCAAUGACUGACUCAAUUAGUGAAGCAACACUAAGUGAGCUUGGGUUCAAGUCUUCCUCGGAACUUUUGCUGCCUAAUUCUGUUAACGGUCUUAAAGCACUACUUUCUGUUGCUACUCACAAGAAGCUUUGGUUCCCAAAUCGGCUUCACAAAGACUACCUCGAGGUGAUGUUCACCAAUCGAAAGGAGAGAGCUGAACUUCUAGAGGGAUUAGUCAUCAACAAUAAAGAUCCAACCAUCCCAAAAUUUGUACAGAAAAUACAUCUCUUAUGGGGGGAGAAUGAUCAAAUCUUCAAGCUGGAGCAUGCACAGAACAUGAAAGAGAAAUUAGGCGAGACGGUAACAUUUCGGGGCAUACAGAAGGCAGGUCACUUAGUUCAACUGGAACGACCUUGUGUCUAUAAUACAUGUCUCAAGCAAUUUCUUACUUCACUGCUUGAAAAUGAAGAGCAGAAGUGAUAAGACAACCAAAAUCUUUCAUUUUGCCUGAGUAUUUACUGUAAUUUGUACUACUUGUCUCCUUGUUAGUGUGAUACUUCUCUGGCAUUCGAUGUCUAUUGUAAGGAGAAGAUUGUUAAAUGAAUUUAAUGAAAUUUUUACUUCCUUCA